CACGACUUGAGGGAUUGUUAAAGGAGACGGAUAAAAAGAAAAGUGAAACAGAAGAGGAGAACACACGACUUGAGGGAUUGUUAAAGGAGACGGAUAAAAAGAAAAGUGAAACAGAAGAGGAGAACACACGACUUGAGGGAUUGUUAAAGGAGAUGGAUAAAAAGAAAACUGAAAUAGAAGAGGAGAAUACACGAUUUAAGAGGAAAAACAAUUAUUUAUUUGGGCUGAUCUUUGUGCUGGUUUUGGUUCUACCGUGUAUUGGAUUGCACUUAGCUUUCAAAGGGCAUGAGAUAAACCACCAUGAGCUUAGACUGAUGUUGGUGGGGAAAACUGGAGCAGGAAAGAGCGCAUCAGGAAACACCAUCCUUGGUGAAAAGGCCUUUAGAGUCGAAGUGUCUCCUGCAUCUGUGACUGCAAGCUGUAAAAAGAAGAACAAAAUCCUGGAUGGAAGAAACAUCACCAUAAUUGACACUCCUGGAGUCAUGGACACAUGGUUAAUAUCGAACAAAACCGCCCACCAUGCACAUGAAUGUAUCUCGAUGUCUUCUCUUGAUCCUCAUGUGUUCCUGCUGGUGAUCAGACUGGGUAGAUUCACGGUGGAGGAGAGCCAUGCUGUGAAGUGGAUUCAGGAGAACUUUGGAGAAGAAGCUCUGAAGUUCACCAUAAUUCUAUUCACUGGUGGAGAUCUGCUGGAAGGGAAACCGGUGGAGAACUUUAUCAGAAAUAGUUAUGAUCUCCAGAAUCUUGUAGACACCUGUGAAGGUAGAUAUCAUGUUUUUAACAACUAUGAACAAAAUAACCGCAUUCAAGUCAAAGAGUUGUUUGAAAAGAUAAAUGCAAUACUACACAAGAACAUGGGUUACUUUUACAUGACAGAGGUUUAUCAGAAGGUCCAGAGAAGCACCAGAGAAGAGGAUGAGAGGAAGAGAAUUAUUUUGCAAAAAGAAAUCAAAACACUAGAAGAGCAGAAGAGAGCUACAAUGGAGAAGCUGAUCAGAAAAGAAGAGAAAAUUAAAUUUGAACGGCUAGCAAAUGAGGUGAAAGAGGAGGUCCAGAGUCAGUGUAACAGUAAAGAGACAGAAAUCAGGCAGGAAAAGGAAUUAAAGAGGAAAAAUAUGGAAGAAGAGAUAAAAGCAGAGGAGAGGAGAAAGGUGAAUGAGAUGGCAAUGAAACUGAGAGAUGAGCAACAUGAGAACAAAAAUCUGAAGAAAGAGGUAGAAUAUAAAUAUAGUGAAUUUUUCGGGUUCAUGGUCUCAAUGGGCGUGUUCUUAACAUUUAUUAUUAUUGUGGCUUGCUCUAAGAACAGAUAAUAGUUGAAGUAUUGGGAGAAUUUCACAAAUAACCAGACCAAGGCUUAAAAUGGUGUUUGUGGUAUCUUUAAAACUAACAGCAUUUUGAUAUUAAGCUCACCCAUUUUCCAAGUGCAAGUUGUCUAUUUUGUCAAAUAUGGUCUUACUAAUGAAAAUGAGACCAUCAAUGAUGGUGUAGCUCAGUCCGGCCCCUUGAAUAUUUCACAAGGUAAAAAGCAGCAAAUUUAAUAAUGUUGAAUUGUGUCCAAGUCAGCCUUAGAUGUCACCAUUUGAAGUCUCUAAUUUCAAAACUUUCCAGGGGAGCAUGCCCCCAGACCCCCCUAACAGCUGGCCCUCCAGGCCGGGCCAAGUCUUACUGGCUGGGCUCAGGGGCGCAGAUAGGAUUUUUGAACUGGGGGGGACUGAGCUGUCAGCAAAUGAUUCCAUU